UUCCCUGCCCUUCCCCUCCCCCUGCGCUGCAGAGCCUCCUGAUGCUGCUGUACUCCUGCCAUGUGCUGCCGCCGUAGCUACUGAGCCUCGUAGCUUAGCCGAGCGUGUCUCCGGCUGCAAACUCCGCCAAACAAACCUGCAUCCUCCUCCAGGGAAGGAUACCCAGAAGCGAUGAAAUUUCCAAUCGAGACUCCAAGAAAACAGGUGAACUGGGAUCCUCAAGUGGCUGUUCCCUCACCAGUGCCAGCUUGUGAACCUGAGCCCAAAACUAACGGGCAUAACCCAGCUCCACGACUCUCCAUUUCAUCCCGAGCCGCUGUUGUUGCUACCAUGGAAGCCCCUUCUCAAGGCCUGCAGACAGUCAUGAAGUGGAAAACAGUGGUGGCUGUCUUUGUCGUUGUCGUAGUUUACCUGGUGACAGGAGGACUUGUCUUCCGUGCCCUGGAGCAGCCCUUUGAAAGCAGGCAGAAGAACACGAUCGCGCUAGAGAAGGCUGACUUUCUUCGGGAGCAUGUUUGUGUAACUCAGCUAGAGCUGGAGACAUUGAUUCAGCAUGCUAUUGAUGCUGAUAAUGCAGGAGUCAGUCCCAUAGGAAAUUCUUCUAAAAACAGCAGUCACUGGGACCUUGGAAGUGCCUUUUUCUUUGCUGGAACAGUCAUCACAACUAUAGGGUAUGGGAACAUGGCCCCAAGCACUGUUGGAGGCAAAGUUUUCUGCAUCUUGUAUGCCAUCUUUGGGAUUCCACUUUUCGGCUUCUUGCUGGCUGGGAUUGGAGACCAACUUGGAACCAUCUUUGGGAAGGGUAUUGCAAGGGUGGAAAAAGUUUUCAGAAAAAAGCAAGUGAGUCAAACAAAGAUCCGGGUGAUCUCUACCAUUGUCUUCAUCCUGGCAGGCUGCGUUGUCUUUGUGACCAUUCCUGCAGUUAUCUUCAAACACAUCGAGGGAUGGACAGCCUUGGAGUCCACCUACUUUGUGGUUGUCACUCUGACUACUGUUGGCUUCGGUGACUUUGUAGCAGGAGGAAAUUCUAACAUCCAUUACCGGGAGUGGUAUAAACCCUUAGUGUGGUUUUGGAUCCUUGUUGGCCUUGCCUAUUUUGCUGCUGUCCUGAGUAUGAUUGGAGACUGGCUAAGAGUCCUGUCCAAGAAGACAAAAGAAGAGGUUGGAGAAAUAAAAGCCCACGCAGCGGAGUGGAAAGCAAACAUGACGGCUGAGUUCAGAGAGACACGGAGGCGGCUGAGUGUGGAGAUCCAUGACAAACUUCAGCGGGCAGCCACCAUUCGGAGCAUGGAGCGCAGGCGCCUGGGCCUGGACCAGCGAGCCCACUCUUUAGACAUGCUCUCUCCAGAGAAGCGCUCUGUCUUUACUGCCUUGGAAGCAGGGCGCUUCAAAGCCUCAUCUCAGGAAAGCAUCAAUAACAGACCUAACAACCUGCGCCUUAAAGGGUCAGAUCAGCUCAACAAGCACGGGCAGGGAGCAUCUGAGGACAACAUCAUUAACAAGUUUGGAUCAUCUGCUAAAAUGAGCAAAAGGAAAAACAAAGACCUCAAAAAGACCAUCCCUGAGGAUGUGCAUAAAAUUUAUGAGACCUUCCGAAACUACUCCUUGGAUGAAGAAAAAAAGGAAGAGGAGACAGAGAAGAUGUGUAAUUCUGAGAACUCUUCUAGCACUGCAGUCCUGACCAACUGCAUCCAGCAGCACUCAGACCUGGAGAAUGGAGUGAUCCCCAAUGAAACCAAAGAAAGGGAACACGAAAACAAAGUGUUACUUGAAGACAGAAAUUAAAUGUAAAAGAUGCUUGACUUGAA